CGAGUAAACGUGUGUCUUGAGAGGAGGAUCGAGAGAGAAGGGAAGCGCAUUUCAACGAUCAUCAAAGCAAAACAAUGGUAUGACGUCACAUAUGCAAAUGAGCGAUGUCAGCGUCGUGUGUAGUCGACAUGAAUGGAGGGGGGAGUGAAACGCGCCGAGAGCAUAUGUGUGUGUGAGAGAGAGAGGACUGAUGGAGCUUUGGGUCGAUGUCGGGGAGUAGGCGUGUGUUCUGUGGACAAGUGGAAAAGGCCAGCUUUUUGUGACAAGUGUGUUAGUGAAGAAGGCGCGCGCGUGACUGGCAUCAAAAACAAGGAGGACUCCUCGACAAUUCCCUCGACAGAAGCGCGGAUCACCAGAAAUGAUUAUUGACUCAAGCGUAGGCAAAGUCUGCUUUGCCAUUGGCUUGCCCCAGCACAAGUCUCCGGCCUCCCCCCCUCCUGAAGACGACAGCUGACAAUCUGCAUUAGCAUGCAGGAUCACGACACGCUAGCUUGAGGGCACAGGCGGCGUCGAAUGUCGAAGGUAAUGCAGUGUGUGGCGUGCGUGACCACACACCACUCAGCCACAACACGCACACGAGAGUCGGCCUGGCUGGCCAGCCACUGGCGGGACUGUGUGGCGCGCAUGCGCACUCGCGCCUUGCCAGCCACUGUGAUGUAAAUUUCAAGCAGUUGGCGGCUCGGGUGUGAGCGCUGCACCAGGCUCGGUGUACUACUACACAGUCUUGUUGUCUCGGGGACCUGCAGCUUGGAUGACAAGUGCCAGUAGUCUCGCAGUCUGACGCCCACAUGACAGAGAUGCUAUCGCCCGAGUGUCACACACACACAGCUGGCAGUGGCUAGCAGACGAGGUGAGUGUGGCGGUGAAGUAAGUGUGGUGCGUGUGUCGGCCCCGCUUUGUGUGGCACACAGACGAGCGCGUGGUACGAGCGCGUUGUUUUGGCGCCAUGGCCAUGCCUCAACGCGUGCACAGACAACACUGCUACCUGUGCGACCUGCCGCGCACCCCCUGGGCCAUGCUGCACGACUUCUCCGAGCCCGUGUGUCGAGGCUGCGUCAACUACGAGGGGCCCGACCGCAUCGAGAUGGUCAUCGAAGCGGCUCGCCAGAUGAAGCGGGUGCACGGGGUUCAAGAAGGUCGGGCUCCCCCGCCACCCCAUUCGCACAAGUCGCCGCACGGACCGCCUCCCCCACCUCACAUGCCUCCUCGGCCCCGCGAAUUGCCCGAACCGCACAAGGGGGGUGUGAUGGAGCCUCCACCCGGUCGUUUGCACGGACCACCCUUGCCCCCCUUUGCUGUCGCUGAGCGGGCCCACCCGGCUCUCCACGAUGCUCGGGCCAGACCCCCGCUGGACUACCCGGGUCCUCAGCGUCUGACCAACGGUCUUCCCGUGGGACAUCCUCUUCAUCGUGCAGAGGACCACAUGCCAGCAGAUCUCACUCGAAGCAGUCCCAGCAUGGGUCGAGCCCCGGGAGGAAUCCACCACCCGUCAGGCCUACCCACGGCCCGCGGACUGGGGCCAGGCAUGGCCAGUGCACACGGCAGUAAUAAGGAUGUGGAUGACGAGGAAGGCUGUAAAGGAGAUGAGCCAGGAAAACAUGCGUUUCAGGAGGAUAGCAUUUCCCAUCCACAGCUUGUGCGAGAGGCCCUGUCCAUUCUAAGCACAGCAAUACCAUUCCGUGUGCGCUUCAAAAAGGACCACUCAUUGAUGGGACGUAUGUUUGCCUUUGAUGCAUCAGUCAAACCAGGUUCUGUGGGUGAGUUUGAACUCAAAGUGUUUGUGGAGUACCCUCUUGGCUCUGGGAGCAUACACAGCAGUAUGUCCAGCCUGACUAAACAGAUGAUGAACGAUUCCUCCAAGGACUUGGGCAAGCCUAUGUCUUCUGGCAUCGGCAUCAAGUAUCUGGAGUAUGAAAUGAAACAUGGUGUAGGUGAGUGGCGCUCACUUUAUGACAUGCUACCAGAAACUGUGCGGGCAUUCAAAGAAGCAGUGAAACGGGACUUCAUCCCUACACCGUAUACUGACAGUUCCUUACCCCCACCUCGUUUACCACGAUCAGGUGGUAUUAGUAGCAAGACCUCUUCUCGCAACUCCUACUUUGAUGGUCAAGGUCGUAAACGAAAGGUUCCCUCGCCUUCCCCAGAAGAAGAUGCUCUUGGAAGAUUGACAGAAGAGCAGCAUCGGCGCCAGAUGUGGAUGCAGAAUCAAGCAGAUGCACUGAAACUCACCAUAAACUCUGCAACUGUGUAUGGGGCAGGCCUGCCUUCCUCAACGUCUAUGUCUCCUUUGAGUAAUCAUGCCCCUACGCCUCCUGAUGCCCCAGUUGGCCCACACGCAGGACCAUCACCUAUUGCUGCUCUGAUGAACGUGGCAGAUACGUUGCAAUCAGGCGGCAAUUCCACUGGGGGAGCAUCACAUCGCCACCCAAGCCUCUCGCCCAGCAGUCAUUCCCAGCGUCUUCACAGUGCCAGCAUGACAGGCCCUGUGUCAGACACCGGAGUUGGAAGCACCAUGCCUGAGUCCACUGUCGGUGCAAGUGCAGAGGUGCUGAAGUGUACUUUAUGUCAGGAACGGUUAGAGGAUACUCAUUUUGUGCAGUGCCCCUCUAUUGCAGACCACAAGUUUUGUUUCCCUUGUUCACGAGACUCGAUUAAACGACAAGGUGCUGGAGCAGAGGUGUACUGCCCUUCUGGCAAAAAAUGUCCCCUAGUUGGAUCCAGCGUGCCAUGGGCCUUCAUGCAGAAUGAAAUUGUAACCAUUCUAGGCGAUGAAUACAAAGAUCCCAUGAAGAUCAAGAAGGAAAGGGAUGGGUGACCCCAGUAAAUGUGUAACAUCCUGCUGAACUGUAGACAGACAAGAGUAUGCUGAAACAGAGGAUUUGGUGUGACACUGUAACAACAGUUGACAUCUCUAUAUAUCAGCUUCCAGUGGUAUGCGUCAGCUGUAGGUAACUGUACAAUCUGAACUUGAUGCUGCCGUUUUGUGUAGAACAUCUGAAAAAUUACCAAUCACUACUAUUUCUUUUAGGAUGUCAAGACACUCAACUGACAUUUCCAGAAUGUAUUAAACGUUUGUGUUCAUAGCAAGGCUAUACAAAACAGAUCUUGGUGUUUCUGGAGUCGUAACUGAUACACACUCUUGAUGGUGUAAUACACAUGCUUCUGAUGUAUGUGAUGUAUUUGGAUAAAGUUUAGCAAGCUGGCAGUGCUGGUGUACGUGAUGUAUUUGGAUAGAAUAUAGCAAGCUUGCAGUCUGAUGAAAGCAAUUUAUCUAGAAAUUUGUGUCUAAAGAAGUGGAGCCAAAGAUUUUGCUAUGGUUUUACAUGGAUCCUUAUUAUGUGUGCUUGCAGCUAUUAUUGCAUUGCAUUGAUUCAACCAGGUUUUUAAUAGAGAAUGGGAGAAUGUUUUAUAAGAAAAUUUACUGAAACUAGGAUUUUAAAAAAUCACUGAAUAAUAGACACAUUUUGAUGUUAAAGAACUAAAUUAUAGCAUGCAUUGUUUCCUUAUAUCACGUGACUUAAUCUACAAGCACUUUAUCAGCUGAGAAAAGUGUGUACAAGUUCAUAGCACACAAUACACCACACUGUCACCAGUAGAAAUAUGCAGGCUAAUGCUGCAAGUUCUAGGAAAAAACUGUAUGUAGUCACUAAAUCUCAUUUUCCUUGUGUUUUAUUUUUAGACUGAUUGGUGAAAGGAACAUUCCAUAGUUUCAGUUGCAUUCUAAGGCUUAGUACAGUGUGGAUUUUUUGGUUUCACUUUUCCCCAAAGAAAUAGUGCAGGGAAGUACAGGCUGUCAGUGGAUCCCUUCAUCAUUGUCAUUAUCAUUCUAACUCAGUCUUCUACUUUUUAAAAAUAUUUUUGUUUUACUAUUUUCUUGAUUGUAAACAUUUCCCGAUUGUCACUCUUUUUGUACACCAUUUAGUUGUCAAAGCUGCUUUAAAAAUUCCCAGAAAUGAUAGUUGAUAAUCUAUUAAUAAGAAGUAUCUGUGCAGUAAUUGUUUCCUGAACUGGUCAGAGGGUCCUUGGUCAAGAGAUGAAGGAAUGUUAUCAGUCUGAGACUUGAGAUAGAAUGGUUCAGUCCGUGUGAUAAAAAUCUGCCGCGUCAGUGCUGGGGGCUGUGAGGUUUAUCAAAUUUUAUGUUUGUUGUAGAAGCAUCAUCCACUAAUUUCAACCGUUUGUUUUACUAACAUCAGCUGAUCAAGGUUAGCUGCAUUUUGCAUCGUGCAGCAAGUCAAGAUGUUGAAGAAUAGUGCCAUCUGUUAGUAUUUGAAAGAUAUCUUCCCGUUUAUAAAUUGACGGUUAAUUUACAAGGGCAAAGGGUGAUUUGUAAAUUUACUGUUGCUUUUUAUAAAUGGAAAAGAUGCUAAAACAUGUAUAGUUCUGUGUUAGAAAAAGUGUUUACUGCAACUUCAUGGCAUGACAAGUGCCAUUGAUAGUGUGUGUAUGUGUGCAUGUGCAUGAUUGGGGGUUUGGGGAGAUGGGAAUAAUAAACGAUUACAUUAAAUGGUUGUCUCGUAAGCCAUUAAAGGACUGUCAUUUAUUUUCCCAGAUCGAUAGUGCCAUAAAGAAAACAAACAUCUGUGUGACUAGAAUAUUGUUUGCAAUGUCCUGGUAUGCUUUAAAAAUGAGAAAAGUGCACAGAAGGUAGCAUCCCAACAGUCUUCUGGACUGUUUCAGUCAUUUGCUUCAUUGUUUACCAGAUAUGAAAUGCUUUGCGUAAGGUGUCUGCUUGAUGUACAGCCAGUGCUUGCUUACAACUGUUCGUUUUUUUUCCAGAUUUUAUUCUUGGUAAAACAUAUAUAUAUACUUGGUAAAACAUUUCAGUAUAUAUUUUCAGUCUUUCGCACUGCACUCUCUUUUUGAGUUGACCACGUUGUCCUCUUGUAUUUCUCCAUUACAUGGACACAUGUUCACGUGCACACACACAUGUAUGAAUGUUUGCGUGCGUUCUACACUGCAAGUAAAAUUAGCACAGCCUGAUUGUGGCGCAGCAUUUAAUGGCACUUGAGAAACCCCAUAAAUUUUGUUGAAUGUUGUUAAUGCAGAGUUGUACACAAAAAUGUGAGCUGUGUUACUGUUAGUAUGCUAAUAAGAACCAAACAGACUUGAAACUGAAUGACCUGUACUUAAUAGCACAUGAGGCACAUUGAUUUGCUGCUUGUGCUGAAUGUGUCAGCCCAGCUGUUGCUGUCCAUGUGCAUGUGUAUCGUUUGCGAAAAAAUGGAUGAGCACGUGAUUUUCCUGCCCUGUGUUACAAUGUCCAGAUACAAUUUCAGUCACUGAACGCACGAAUUAGUCUGAAAGUACCAAGGAUUGUGAAGUACAAUCAGCUUCCAUUCAAAGGGCAGCUGUCACUUAAAUUAUGCUACUUCUGAAAAGGGAAGGGUACAGAGCUAAAGAGUAAUGUUCCUAAAAUGUGUGUUCAUUUGUAAAUCAGUCAAACUACAGUCUGAAAAUGGUCUCUUUUAGGAUUGGUCUUCUAAGGAAUGUGGCAUGUUGGUGUUAUCCAUUUAGAUUGUUGAAAAUCGCGGAAUCAAACACUGAGAAUGGGAAAAUGAAAGACCGGGCAGACGUUUCCAGCAGUCACCAGUACAAUUCAUGUGUGUAGACAAGUGGACUGGUAUCAGCAUUUGCAGGAGUCGUGCGUACCCUAGAGUUAUACUGACAGCUUUGCUAGUGAUAGAAGAUGCUUUUUUUUUCAGUUUGUUUUCACACUCUGGCUGUUGAAAAUUAUAUGUAUAGGUGGUAGAACAGGAGAACAAACAGGAUUUUUAAAAAUAGAGAAAGUGUUCUUUGCUUCACUCUGUUGUUGCUUUUGAGACCUUUGGUGUUAGAGAAUCACACAGGUACACAAGUGUCACCUGCUUUCCAUGUUUUGAUGAAGCCAGGAAAGGCCAGAGAUGCCAAAACAUUCAUUUUUGAGCUGCUGUGUUUUACAAGUGUAAACUGGCCAAACGUGUCGACCAAGGGACAUAAACUGGGGAAUGUCCAGUGUCUCUUGGAGUUGCUGUUCCUGUCAGCAUUACUGGGGAAUGUCCAGUGUCUGUUAGAGUUGCUGUUCAUGUCAGCUUUAGUUUGUACAUCUGGCCACCGAGGUGUGCACCAGAUCUUUGUGUAGCAAACGUAGUUUUUCUGUGACCUGUUCAGACAGCGACCAAAAAUGUGUUUUGUUUGUUUGUUUUUCGUUUAAUCCAAAUACCAAGGCAAGGACCGUGAUUGUGUUUUGUGUCAUCCGCUAUAUUUCAAACGAAUAAACAAUAGAUACGUUUAUUAAACCGG